GGACGCGCAUCGCGGAGUGUCCGCGGCUAGUAUAUACAAAGUAGGUUAUUAAAAAAUAUAUUCUUUUGGAAAAACGACACUUCAUCAGACAUCGCGGCCAGAGCCAUCCCAGAUCCCUGAACCAAAACUGAAUUGUAGCAUUGCAGAUACUCAUCCAAAAACGCAAAACCCUGGUGAUUUCGCAUUGAUCCAACUCCGUCCAUGGAGGCUCCUCAAGGAGGAUCCGAACGAGACAAAUCGAGUUCAUCAACUUCUUCUCCGGUUUCGGUCGUCUCUAGCUUUUGGAGAGAUUUUGACUUGGAGAAGGAAAGGAGUGUGUUGGAUGAACAAGGGCUCAGGAUAGCUGAAAACCAGGAAAAUAGCCAGAAGAACCGACGGAAGCUUGCAGAGAGCACUAGAGAUUUCAAGAAAGCUUCGGCAGAGGAAAAGUUAAGUUUGUUUAAUUCGUUACUAAAAGGAUACCAAGAAGAAGUUGAUAAUCUUACAAAGAGAGCAAAAUUUGGAGAAAAUGCUUUUCUAAACAUCUACCAGAAGCUUUAUGAGGCUCCAGAUCCUUAUCCAGCUCUUGCUUCAAUUGCUGAACAAGAUCUGAAAUUGUCUGAACUAGAGUCAGUGAAUCGGAUGAUGAAAGUUGAGCUUGAGGAAUUUAGGACAGAAGCGACCCAUCUGAAGAAUCAACAGGCAACAAUUAGAAGAAUGGAAGAACGCAAUCGCCAAUUAGAACAACAGAUGGAGGAAAAAGUGAAGGAAAUUGUGGAGAUUAAACAGCGCAGUUUGGCGGAAGAAAACCAAAAGACACUUGAGGUCUUAAAAGAAAGGGAACAAUUGUUGCAGGAUCAGUUAAGACAAGCUAAAGAAAGUGUUUCUAAUAUGCAGAAGUUACAUGAACUUGCACAAAGUCAGUUAUUUGAAGUUCGUGCUCAAUCAGAGGAAGAUGGAGCUGCAAAGCAGUCAGAGGUGAAUCUUCUAAUGGAUGAAGUUGAACGGGCUCAAAUGCGGCUCCUUAGUCUCGAGAGGGAGAAGGGACAACUACGCUCCCAGUUGCAAUCUGCAAAUGAAGAGAAUGAAAAUAAGAAAAGUGAUAAUUUGGAUUCAAAUAGUGUUCUUGAGAAUUCUCUGAGUGCCAAAGAGAAGAUUAUCUCGGAACUGAACAUGGAGCUUCAUAGUAUAGAAAGCACCUUGUCUAUUGAGCGAGAACAACACGUGAACGAGAUCAAGAAGUUGAAUGCUCUGGUUGGUGAAAAGGAAGCAGCUCUUCAGGAGAUCAAGAAAGAGCUUCAGGCUCGGCCAGCAGCAAAAUUAGUUGAUGAUCUACGCAAAAAAGUGAAAAUUUUGCAGGCAGUGGGUUAUAAUUCAAUUGAGGCUGAAGACUGGGAAGUAGCUACUAGUAGGGAAGAGAUGAGCAAACUGGAGUCUCUUCUUCUUGAUAAGAAUCGAAAAAUGGAGCACGAACUCACACAGUUGAAGGUCAAACUUUCUGAGAAAACAUCUUUGUUGGAAACAGCUAAAGGUAAUGUAGCAGAACUAACAGAAAAAGUCAACGAACAACAAAAACUAAUACAAAAGUUGGAAGAUGAUAUAUUGAAGGGCUAUAGUUCUAGAGAUCAUAAAAGCACUUUAUUUGAUGAUUGGGAUCUUUCAGAGUCAGGGGCAGCUGAUCCAUCUGAGAGUGGAGAUCAGAAACACAUUUCUUUAGAUCAAGACCAAAGCUCAAUGCUUAAGGUAAUAUGCAAUCAGCGGGACCGGUUUCGUGCACGCUUGAGAGAGACAGAAGAGGAAAUAAGGCAGUUGAAGGAGAAGAUAGGUUUGCUAACUGUAGAAUUAGAGAAGACAAAAGCUGAUAAUGUCAAACUUUAUGGAAAGAUUCGUUAUGUCCAAGACUACAAUCUUGAGAAAGUAGUUUCUAGAGGAUCAAAGAAGUAUUCAGAAGAUCUCGAAAGUGGUUUCAGCUCAGAUGUUGAAUCCAAGUACAAGAAGAUAUACGAGGAUGAUAUAAAUCCUUUUGCCGCAUUCUCCAAAAAGGAAAGAGAUCAAAGGUAUAAGGAGCUUGGUUUCAGGGAUAGAAUUACACUUACCAGUGGGCGCUUCCUUCUGGGAAACAAAUAUGCCCGAACCAUUGCAUUCUUCUACACCAUUGGGUUGCACAUCCUGGUGUUCACCUGCCUAUACCGAAUGUCAGCACUAAGUUAUCUUAGCAAUGGCCCCGAGGAAUUUCUCAUCGGAGAGAAGAAUGUAAACCUCCCCCAUGCACUUUAACACCGGCUUCUACUCAUAUGAGAUGGAACAUCAAAGUUGAAAUAAUGGAUACAAAUAUUUCUUGCAAUGUAAAUAUAACCCUGAAAAAAAGAUGCUACAUUUUUCCCCCUUUUUUCUUGACUAUGUUAAUGCAAAAAAAAAAAAAGGGCGAUUAUGUUUCAAACUGUAGCUUAUGAAGGCACUGGAAGAAAAAAAAAAAAAAAUGCUCUGGGCAGUUAGAAUUA